AUGAAUAUCAUUUUAGAGGAUGAUAUUACUCCAACCAGCCCUGAGGAGUAUUAUUUAGAGGGUAGCAGAUUUAAGAUCUCCUGUUACUAUAUAGUAAAAUCAGACUUUCUGCUCUGGCACAGACAGUACUCUGGAUCAGCAUACCAAUUCCUCUUCUACACUACAGUCACCUCAAAGCCCUCUGUAAUAAGAGCUAAACCUAAAGACCCCCGACUCUCUGUUAAUCUGAAUGAAGAGAGAACCUGUGUGGAUCUGGACAUCUCCUCUGCUGAAGUGACAGACUCUGCUCUGUAUUACUGUGCCCUGCGGUCCACAGUGACAGGAAACCCAAACACACCGUAUAACAACUGUACAGAAGCAGUGGAUAACAAUCCUUGUUGUGAACUGUUUCAGAUCUAAUUAUUAUAUGUCAGUUCCAACUCAGGUUGACAACACCUUAAUGCUUAAAGAAGUCCACAUUAUCAGUCCUUCUUCACUCCAAUCAAUACCAUUUAAAUCAACAAGAUAUAGAGUAUAACUCCCUAUCUUCUAUAGAGGGCCUCACCUCAACACUACAAAAACGUAUAUUUCUCUGAGCAGGUGUCUCUUCCUCCUGACAGUGGAGGUAGUUGCAGGGCAGACAGACAGCAGCCAAACAGUACAUAUCACAUAUCACAUCCUGCAGAUCACAGUACACUGCAUAUCACAUAUCAAACAGUACACUGCAUAUCACAUAUCAGUUUGGUAAACCCUCUUUCCUAGCUGCAUUCUGUCACAUAGCCCAUGAUGUUGCUCACUUCAAUCUUACUGUUUUCAGCACAUGUUGGUAAGUAAGAUUUUAUGUAAAGUCAUUUCCACACUGUCUAAUGACACUAUUUUAUUAUUGAAUAUUGUUGUGCUUCAAUUAUAAAAUAUGAAGUUCUAGUCAUGUACUGUAUUUAUUAGUCUUCAUGUGUAAUUUCUUCUCCUUCACAGGUGAUACUUUAGAGGAUGAUAUUACUCCAACCAGCCCUGAGGAGUACUUUAUGGAGGGUAGCAGAGUUAAGCUCUCCUGUAACUAUACAGUAAAAGCAGAAAGGAAAGCAAAAGUUGGCAGAUCGCUGUGCCUCUACGCCAUAUGUUGGUGAAAGUCAAAUGCUAAACUUACUUGUGUUCCGGUUGAAAUCUGAGAAUGGAGAUGGACCCAUCAAAAUCCUAGAAUCUGUGGCUGACGUUGAACCAACACCUAGUGGGAGAACCCUGCAAAGAAGGAGGAAGAAAGAAAAGAAGAAAAGUGAAAUGGACUUGAACAAGCCUGAAAGCUGCCCGUCAAGAGAAGAAGAAAGACCUGAAAAGGAUGUAAAGAGUAUGGAAAAAUCUGAAGAUGUUGAACAUGUCGAUUCAGAAAAUGAAGACAUUGGGAUGUUAUGAUCUACCUGACACAAACUUUCAAGACAGAGAAGAUGAAGAAAUGUCAUAACCUUACAGUUUGGAUUUGGACAUCACAUGGAAUUUAAUGACUGGAAACCUGAGGCGAGAGCAGGAGAGGAACAUGAAACAGAUUCCAUUGAUGAAAUAAAUGAAGCUGAAGAAGCAGCACAAACUAAGCUGAGGAAGCUAAUGGAGCAAAUGAAAAUGAAACAAAUGAGGUUGAGGAAUUUGACCCAGUUGAAGACAACUCAGAAGAAAGGGAGGAAGUAGAAACAGAGAUAAGAAGAUCUCAAAGAAUCAAGAAAGUUCCUACUCUACUGACCUGUGACACAGCUGGAGUUCCUUGUGUGGUGUCUGUUCCUAUAGUGAGAUAUAUCUCCCCUUUUUCCUAGUGGAUUGGGUAAUACUAUGUACACGUAUCCCUUAUUCCUUUUGAGUUACACAAGGGUUGACACAUUUCCUGUGUUUGUACAUACGCAUGUUUUUUUACCCUGGUUUACUUGUCAUGAGGACAUGAAAACUAUUUUGGUAGGGGGAGAGUGUAAUAUUUUGUUAACACAUGUUUUAGAAGCACUCAGUGGUGUAAAGUACUUCAGUAAAAAUACUUUAAAUAACUACUUCAUUUUUUUUGGUAUCUGUACUUACUUUACUUUUUUCUUUGACAACUUUUACUUUUACUCCACUACAUUCCGAAAGAAAAUAAUGUACUUUUGACUCCAUACAUUUUCCCUGAAACCCAAAAGUACUCAUUACAUUUAGAAUGCUUAGCAGGACAGUAAAAUGGUAAAAUUCACACAAUUAUCAAGAGAACAUCCCUGGUCAUCCCUAUUGCCUCUGAUCUGGUGGACUCACUAAACACUAAAUAAUGCUUUGUUUGUAAAUGAUGUCUGAGUGUUGGUGUGUGCCCCAGGCUAUACGUUAAUUUAAAAAACAACAAAGCAUGUCAUCUGGUUUGCUUAAUAUAAGGAAUGUGAAAUGAUUUACACUUUUAUUUUUGAUACUUAAGUAUAUUGAAACCAAGUACUUUUAGACUCAAAAUACUCAAGUAGUAUUUUACUAGGUGACUUUCACUUUUACUUUAGUCAUUUUCUAUUAAGGUACCUUUAAUUUUGCAUCUGUAAUUCAUAAAGUUACAGGAUAGAGGGAUAAUCUGUGACUCUGAGCUGUACAGAUGAUACAAGUAGAAGUAGCAUUUGGCUUUACUGGUACAGACAUUAUUCUAACCAAGCUCCUCAGUUUCUACUGUAUAAAAGGUGCCAUAUCAUUUAUCAUAUUCUUCACUCUUUAAUCAGUAGUCUUCAAUUCCACUUAGACAUGUUUAUAUCAGUUGGAAAAGCACUUGGGAAUAUUACAAAGUGCAACAAUCACACUUUUUAUAUGGUGUAGUAUGAAAGUCAACCUGAAGGUGGCAACCUAACAAAGCACACACACCCUGAGUCAGAGGAUGCCGUACAGACAGACACAUCCCCAUGGUCUACUACUGCAUGUAAUACAGAACAACAUGAAGCAUCAACAGUAGGACAGAGGGUGUCAAAGCUCUGUGAUAGAUAGAUCAGCAUUAUUCUGGUCCUUACCUUUUACACAACAAACUGACUGACUAGUCAUGAGAAAUUGGCUGAUCCUGUAUGUUCUGGCUCCAUGCUGAUUUGGUAUAACAUCACUUUGUUCAUCUGUCUCUUUCUGUGCAUUUGUUCAUUUAUUUAUAUACAUUAUUAUUAUUCGUUGUAAAGAUAUAUGUAUCUUUCUUUUCAGGGUGCAGAGCAGAAGAGAAUGCAACACAGCCAACAGAAGAUGUAAUGGUCUUAGAAGGACAACCAACAAAACUCAGUUGUACAUUUGAUACAACUGAUCGAUCGCCAACUCUCUUUUGGCACAAACAACAAGCAAAUGGCAAGCCCAUGUUUAUGCUGAGAAAGGAUACAGUUGGAGUCGGGGAAACUGCUGCUGAAUUCAAGGAGAGAUUUCAUGCCCGUCUGAAUGUCACAGCAAAAUCAGUCCCCUUGAUGAUCCAGAGGGUGCAGAUGUCUGACUCUGCUGUGUACUACUGUGCUCUGAAGCCCACUGUGACAACAGGAUAUACAGCCCCCUUACAAAAAGUAUAGGUUUUUAAUGUGCCUAUAGAAACAUACAGUACCACUGAAAAGUUGGCACCAAAGCACAAAAUGUAUUUCAAUAUACUUUAUGUAGAGUAGCAGACCUGAAUUAGAUACUCUGUAGACUACAUGGGUGUUUGUACCUGAAUUAUAAUAGAAUAUGUAUAUGUUUUUAAAAUAUUUUUUUUCAGAUAAAUUAAUCAUACUCACUUCAUACAACAUUUCAGUCAUUUCAUGUGAGCUAGACAUGUAGGUUUUACACUUUGUCUAAUAUACUGCAAAGAGUGCUAAUGUCAAAUGGACAACCUCCCGAGUGGCACAGUGGUCUAAGGCACUGCAUCGCAGUGCUAGCUGUGCCACUAGAGAUCCUGGUUUGAAUCCAGGCUCUGUCGUAGCCGGCCGCGACCGGGAGACCCAUUGGGCGGUGCACAAUUGGCCCAGCGUCAUCCAGGGUAGGGGAGGGAAUGGCCGGCAGGGAUGUAGCUCAGUUGGUAGAGCAUGGCGUUUGCAACGCCAGGGUUGUGGGUUCGAUUCCCACGGGGGCCCAGUAUGAAAAAGAUAAUGUAUGCACUCACUAACUGUAAGUUGCUCUGGAUAAGAGUGUCUGCUAAAUGACUAAAAUGUAAAUGAAAUAUUGACCCAUACAAUUCCAUUAAUUCUUACCCCUCUGUGAACAGGCUCCUCCUUCAUGUCUGUCAGUUGAUGGUGAUAUACAGGCUGAGAUGGACAUGGAAGAGAGAGAGGAUCUCUACCUCUUACUGUCACUCUCUGUGUGUUCUGUAUAACCAUGGUCCUCUGUCUGAUCAUCUGGCUGGUUCUUGAUGUAUUCUGAUGGAGAUUUUUCUCACCUCAUCUGUUUAUGUUAUUUUUCAUUAAUUUUAACUGCAUUUUUUUCAAAAUGUUAUAAUCUUUAACAUUUAAUUUUUCCCCAGAGUGCACAGGAGACAAUGUGCACCAGCAAUCUAAAGGUUUGAUUGCUACAGAAGGAGGACUGGUAACUCUGUGUCACACCCUGAUCUGUUUCAUCUGUCUUUGUGCUUGUUUCCACCCCCCUCCGUGCCCCUCCAGGUGUUGCCCAUCUUCCCCAUUAUCCCCUGUGUAUUUAUACCUGUGCUCUCUUUUUGUCUGUUGCCAGUUCGUCUUGUCAGGUCUUACCAGCGUGCUUUCCCAUCUUCUUGUUUCUCAAGUUCUGUUUCCUAGUUUUCCUGGUUCUGACCAUUCGCCUGCCCUGACCCCGAGCCUGCCUGCCGUCCUGUACCUGCCUGACUCUGACCUGAUCAUGAACCUCUGCCUGUCCUCGACCUGCCCCUUGCCUGCCCCGUGUUUAUAAUAAAUUAUCUGAGAACUGUACUAUCCGCCUCCUGUGUCUGCAUCUGGGUCAUAUCCUGAGUCGUGAUUGAUGUGUAUUUUUAAUAGACUAUGAGAUAAACUGGGUUAAUCACGCACAUAGAGUUAGAAUUAUUUGUUACUGGGCCAGGAAUGUAAUUGGGUCAUUUCACUGUGUGUGUGGGGGUAAAGAGGGAAGCUGACCCAGGGUCAAAUUGCUUGCUCUUACUUAGAUCCAUGGUUGUCUUAUAAUAUCAGAGACUGAAACUGGCUUGGGCCUUUUGUUUCUAUCUUCAAACACAGUGAAAAGAGCCGGGGUUGAACAGAGUUUAAACUAAACAUGAGUGUUUUUGCAAGAUAAGGAUUGAUUCAUUGCAGUACUCUGAACUUAAUGAAAGUCAAAUUUAGCCGCCCUCAGGGACAAAGGAAGUGGGCGGAGUGAUAAAGAGCGGGAAACUGAAGAGGGAGGGAUUUGAACCUAGGGUGGGGGAAGGAGACUAUAUAGGUAGGAGGGAGGGAGAGAGAGGGGGCGAAUCUGCAGAUUGGCCUGGCUUUGUUGACAUUAUAAUAAAGUAAUUCUUAAUCCCACAAACACUCUGGAAGGACUGAUUUGUAAUAAAGUAUAGUGGUUAUUUUCCACAACAUGAUACUCUGAGUUGUCAAUAUAACACCAGUGCUAAUAAUGCAUAUUAUAUUGGUACAAACAAGAAGCAAAUAACUUCCCUUAACAUAUGCUGAGCCGUUAUUAUUUUGGAUCUGGAGACAAUGCUGCAGGGUUCAAGGAGGGAUUCAAUGAAAGUGUAAAUGGCAAGACACAAUCAGUCCCCAGGACGAUCCAGAGGUUAAAGCUGUCUGAUCCUGCUGUGUACUACUGUACUCUGAUGCCCACUGUUACAACAGGAUGUACAGCCCCUUACAAAAACACUGUGUGUGCACUUGGGUGCGUGUGUGCCAUUUUUUAAGUCAAGGGGAGGUGUUACAUAAUUGAGGCAGAGGAAAGGAAAUGCCUUUUAUAGCUGACAGUGAGAAACCAGGGGAGUCAUUCUGUCAUUCUGUCACUUUUUAGUAGGUUACAUUUUAAUAUUUGCUCUUGUGGGUAAGUUUGAUGCUAUUCUUCAUAUCCAAUCACAUAUCCAAUCUAGUUACUUGAGACUGGAUAAUAUUUUGUCAAUUCUUAAUACACGACUGAAUAAUGAGUAGAAUUCUAGGCUAAUUUCCUGAUAAUAGUUCCUGUUUUCAUAAAUGUUUUACAGGUGGCAGUCAUGGGAAUGACAUUACUCCAACAACAGAUAAGGUGUUUGGGUUGGAGGGUGAUGUCAUAAAGCUGUUCUGUAACUACUCCUCUGCUAGUAAUCUCCAGUGGUAUCGACAGUACCCUGGAUCAUCUCCCAUCUUCCUCCUCCUCACUGGAGUCACAUCAAACCCGUCUGUGGUGAAAGCUAAACCUGAAGACCUUCGACUGUCUGUUAAACUGACAGGAGAUCUCCUCUGCUGAAGUGACAGACCCUGCUCUGUACUACUGUGCCCUGCAGCCGACAGUGAGGAAACCUUCACACACUGUACAGAAACCUGAACAAUAAAAUGGACAUCCCUAAGUGUAAAAAACUAUCAGGCUCAUUCUGAAUUUCAUCAUUACCUUGUAUAGACAAAACACACAUACACUGAAAAUGAACAAUGAAAGAUUUUCAAUGAACAAUAAUAAAAUAUAUAAUACACAUUUUUUAUGGAAAAGUGACAGAAACUCAUUAAGGCUGUCUGCUAGUGUUGCUGAUUUAUAUUUUAUAUUUUCGAUUGAAAUAGGAAAACAACAAACUGUGAAUGAAUGAAUGCCUCAUGUUGAAUAAAUGAAUAUCUUGCAGAUCUUGCAUAAAGCAACUCUGUUGCCCUAAAAUCAAGAAAAUAAAUGGAGAUAAAUAACACAGUUUUAUACAAUAGAGAGAGACUAAGGUAAUCAUAUUUCAGGGCAGCCCUGCAUUUUCAGGAUAUGACAGUGGCAUCAAGCAGCAGCAAGAAGUCUGCUGUUACUUCUGCUCAUCUGACAACUCUCUGAAUUUCAAUAGUAGCAAUAUUACACAUUCAUGCACCUACUCAUCUGCAGUCUCUCUUCAAUGGUAUCUCCAGGACCCUGGAUCAGCUCCUCAGUAUAUCCUAUUUAUCCUGCAUGGUGUUGGGUCUCCAUCACAGGCUUCAGGUCUGGAUCCUCGACUGUCAGUGAAACUAAAUGAUGAGAAGAACCGUGUGGAUCUGGAGAUCUGCUCUGCUAAAGAGCAAGACUCUGCUAUUUACUACUGUGCCAGUGACAGGAAACCCAGAAACACUGUACAAAAACCUGACAGCUCAUGAUAAACUCCUCUGAUGCAUCUUUUAUGGCAGGGGUGGUGUUUACUUCUGUAGGUUCAAGAAAAUCAAUUAUCCAAUAAAAAACUGUGUUGGACUUCACUGCAGCAUACAACGUCAGCUACAAUAUGAUGGUUCUCUACACAGUUAUUUUACUUUCUUCACUGACAGGUUAGUAAAUUACUGUAUUCCUGUCAUUCUUUUAAGUAUAUGUUUUAGGCUAAUGUAUAGUUUAUCUGUGCUAUUGGAUGUUAAAGUAAAUACCAAGAUCUUUCCUCAUUUCAAAUACAUCUACCUUGUGAUUUUUCCAUUAUCUCUUCACAUUUGCAGGGGGCAGUUUUCAGCAGACCAUCCAGCCAAACCAACAUGAAGUGUAUGGAGAGGAGGGUAGUAAUGUUCAGUUUUCCUGCAACUACUCCUCAGCAUACAGUGUACUGUGGUAUAAACAGUAUCCAGGAUCUGCUCCCCAAUUCCUCCUCUUCAUCCACCAUGCCUCUAGGACAGUAGUGAGAGCUAAACCUCCAUACCCUCACCUCACUGUUAAACUGAACAAAGAGAAGACCCGUGUGGAUCGGGAGAUCUCCUCUGCUGAAUUGACAGACUCUGUUCUGUACUACUGUAAUGUAUAGCCCACAGUGACAGGAAACACAACUUGAUCAUACAAAAAUCAGACAGCCUGACACACAGAUGUGGGAUGUAGACUUUCCAUUCAGAAUGAACUUCAUCUUAUAAACACUGAUAAAAUAUCAUACAAUUCAAACAAUACGGUUUAUUUGGAUAUGGUGAUAUGGUGCAGCAUGGUAUUGUAUUGUGGAUCCAUUGAAAAAACAAAAACAAACCAUAGCAUUCCCUAGCCAGUUAGAAAUGAAGUCUAAAAUAAAGUGGAGGAGGCCAAUAGGAACUGAAAACCCUUAAGCACAAACCAUAGAAGAAGAGUUAUACAUCCAGUUAUCAGAUGAGGGGCCUCAUAGAGAAACACUGGUAAAGGCUGGGUAUACCUGCAACCAGUGGCGAUUUUAGCAUGUAAAUCUUGGUGGGGAAAACUCAAACAAAAUAUUUUAGAUGCAUGCCAGCAAAGCCACUAAACAACACAACACUAAACAAUAUAUUAAUUGGACUAUAACGGUGACAAACAGUGCCCACAAACUGUUAGGGACUACAUAAAGCUGUCCCAACAACAGAGUCCCAACAGCAGUCCCAACACCUUACCACUGUUACACCUGGCUAUCAGCGGAGACCUGUCUGUCAGUGAAACAGUUCAUUUUGCCUCAUUUACUGCCUUUAAAAAAACAUAUCAGAUAUGGCUGACUUGCUUAAACAAAUGUGGUUUCUACUGACAAUUGAGAUGUACAAACUAUGGCAUAAGGGGACGACGAGCGGAUAAGAGGCAAUCCCUAAUUUCGACUUAAGACAUUAAGAGAGCUAGGACAGACGUAGUCAAUACAAAUAUUUGUUCAGCACUUUUGAAAUGUACAGCGACAGAAUUCAGAACAUGGGCCGUUCUUACAGUAUUCUCCCUGCACACCAAGUCAGAACCGUAGGAUAAAUAAAGGGGGCAUAUAAGCAGACAAUGAAAGCUCUUGCAAUAUUCGAUAAUGAUAUUUAUCUAAAACAGGCUAUAGGCUACAUGUGCACCAUCAAGUCAGAACAGUAGGCUAAAUUAUGAGGGGAAAAGGGACCAAAUUAUACACAACAUACACAACAUACACUUAGCAUUACUUUCUUAGCUACUGUAUAAAUAUCUCCCUGGCAUAUUACAUACUUUAUUGAGCAGCAUACAAGACAUAUUUGGACUCACCUUGUUGUGCUGUGUUCACUUGAACAGGAAGGUUGCGCGGCGGUCCUUUGUGGGCAAAUUUUGUCAUCAAACUUUGUCAUCGCAGUCUGGCAUUCUCUGGAUUUAUGGUGCUUUCAAGACAACUGGGAACUCUGAAAAAAACAAGGUUCAAUCAUGCCGUUAGUGAUCUUCAGGUCAGAGCCCUAGAAAGAGGACAGAGUUCCCAACUUGGAAUUUCGAGUUGGAUGACCGUUCAAAAUAUAUUUUCCCAGUCUGCGCUAGUUUUUUUCCAAGUUCCCAAUUGUCUUGAACUCACUGAAGUCUGAGAUUUCCCAGUUCCGAGUUUCCAGUUGUUUUUGACAGCAUGGCCAAUGUUGAAUGUUUAUCCUUUUAAGCUUGGAAAAGAGACCCUUAAACCCAGACUUGGAUCACACAUCCACUCCACUGAAUAGCAGGCUAGUGAUUGCUUUGAAAUGCUUGCAGUUAGCCACUGAUUCCUUCCAAACCACUCAUUGUUGAAUUUGCGAUUUCCAACUUGUUGUGUAAUGUUUAUGUCCAAUGAGUACCGGUACGUUUUAUCUAUAAUUUCUCUUCAUAAUUUCUCUUCAUGUAACAAGGAUUGAAAAGGAUUUGCUAGUAGACUGUCCACUUAAUUCAUGAUGAUGACUGCUAGCUUGCUAGCUAAGAUUUAGAAAGUAUGAUGUUGACAUGAUCAGUCCAAUCAAAGCCACUGUAGAUAUAACAUGAUUUGACAUUAUUUUAUCUGUGGCCAAUGACCUUGAGCCUUCUUGGAUGGGCACUUCUAAUGUAACUCUAUGGCAGCACCCAAAGGGCUCGAUUUUUGAGCUCUCCCAGUAGAUUUUGCAGUGAAGUAGUGUCCCCAUGAGUGAAAGGAACACUGAGCCAAUCACGGCGCAACUAGAGAAGAUUACCAACUCCUACACUCAGUAUUUUCCGCUGGCUACCCCACCACCACAGAAAGCACUGAGCUAGGCUGAAACACCAUCAUUUUGGAGCUGCCUUACUCAACUAAGCAAAACAGAAAGUAUGUUUGUAUGCGGCACAAUUAACUAAACAUUUUUAUUUUUUAUUUUUUACAUUGUUUGCAAUCUGAUAUGUGACAUGAAAUACAAAAUAACAUGAAAAACCGGCAACAAAGCUGAACAGGUUGGCUCAGAGCCCCACCUGCCCUGAAUGACAGGUUGCCACUGCCUGCAACCAUGAUGAUGUCUCUGUAGAGGAUCUACUCAGCUCUCUCACUGUCUUAUCUCUCUGUUGGUUUAUCUAGUCUGUGUCAGGAUGUCACUCAUAUUACUGUUGCUCCUUUCUGCAUUUGUAGGUGAUAUUAAAUUUAAUGCAGUGAAAUUGCUUUUUUCAAUGAACGAUUGCAUUAAAAACUAGGUGGUAUUUUACUGGAAAGUUUACAUAAUUUUUCUUGUCAUGCACUUUAUGGACACCUAAUCCAGGCCCAUGGUGACAGGAAACACACUGUACAAAAACCUAAUCAGGGACCACUUCAGCAGGAAUGUAUCCGUUUUUUGUUUGAACUUGUGUCUAACCCUUACUUUUAGACAUCAAAACACUAAACAAAUGCUGUUAAUGUUUCCUGUAAAUAAAGUUUAUGACGCAAAUGUUUCACCUGUCCUUAAUUUGAUUUGAAUAUUUAGACAGAUUCUGUCAAUUUGAUGCCUAAUCCUAUUCUGCUACAGUCAGGUAUUUUAAACAUAUCAUAUACACACAACAUGCAUACAUUAUGUGACAUUGUUGCUCUCAACAUGGACCCUCUCAGAGAUUUGGUCCUCUGGUGGUAAAUCCAUGUACUGCACUCUUUAGAGGAACAUAGCUGAAGCCAACUGACUGGUAAUUGGCCAGGCAAACAUAAAACAUAAAAAGGUUAGAUAUGAAAAGUAAUUCAAGUUCAUUAUUCUUGUGAGGAUUUAAUGGAUUUAUUCUCAGAACCUCCUCAACAUUUAAAUGCGGUCAGCAAAGUGUUAGUAGAGUAUAAAGGGUUUUCUAAAUAUUUACCCCAAAACAUCUGUUUCUGCAUCUCCUGGCUGAUCUUCAGGUGAGGUACCUUCUUAUCCUACAUGUGCUGCCCACUACACCUUCUGAAGGACGGAUUAAUCAGGCAGGUGGCUCGUCCACUGCUUCUCACUCUUCAGCCACAACCACUGAGAUGUUCUCUCUGCCUCCUGAUCAAUUACAUGACAGAUCUUCUUAGUCUGUGCUCCUCCUAUAGAUUGCCCUCCACAGUUAUGAAGUCCAGUGACAAGGUUUUUCUAUGUAUAAUAAUGAUACAAUAGUUCCAUCUAGUGUUCAACAUUCUGUCCAACAAGGUGAAACCUUGACAUUGCUUGUAUUUUUAAAGGUAAGUUACUAGUGAGAGUCAAUAGGUGUCCGUGGAGUCUCAUAGUUUGCUUCUAUUCCUUUAAGCUAGAGAUAUCCGUUUUUUUGCAUGGGCUGUGCCUCAAUCCACUGCAUCAGCCUAUGGCGGUCGUCUGCAUCUGCGGUGGAAGGUGGGCGGGCUACAGCGGUGUUAGUCAUACCAUGAGACAUCCCGAAAAUCGGUCUUCUCACCAAAAUGUCUGUAGCGUCCAAACUUUUUGGCUUCAAAAAUGAUAUGCUCACUCUAUUGAAAGAUGAGACUCUCACGAAUACGAUGAUGGGCUCUAGUCUAAAGUCUGUACCGACGAUGUGCCAACUUCUGUUUGUAGCGUGGGCUACAAACUAAUGUGACCCCACUGUGGAAAGGGGAGAUUCUCACGAACACCAUGGAGAAUUCAGGGGUUCCUAAACUUGCUUGUAUCUCCUAGAUAUAGGACAGACACUUCAAAACCUUAUUCCUUAAGAUAUAUUUUUUGAAUGUUAUUUUUUGCCAUUUAUGAAUGUGUUAUUCAAUGUGUUUCAAUGGGAUUUGGUAGUAAAGGCCAAAUUCUAUAUUUUAUCAAAUAAUUUUGUUAUAUAUUUUUUUAUACCUAAAGUGGUCCUAAAAUUCAAAAUCAAAUAGCUUAAUGAUCCAAUGUAUGACCAUCUUAAAAUAAUUAUAUAUGUCAAUUUAUAACCCCGCCAACCUCUUAGACUGUCACGAAUGUUGAGAGACGGGUCAGACCAAGGUGCAGCGAUAAAAAGCAUACUUGUUUAUUUACUCAAUAUACAUACAACAAAACAAUAAACAACGUAACGUGAAGUCCUCAGGCUAUACGCUAUACACAUACACGCCUAAACGGAACAAGAUCCCACAAUACACAGUAGGCAAUAGGCUACCUAAGUAUGAUCCCCAAUCAGAGACAAUGAGCGACAGCUGCCUCUGAUUGGGAAUCAUACCCGGCCAGACAUAGAAAUAGGAAAACUAGAACCUAUACAUAGAAAUUCUAACAUAGAUACUCACGCCCUGAGCAAACCAACUACAGACAACCGGCCUCUCAAGGCCAGGGCGUGACAUAGACUAGAAAGGUAAAUUAUGCACGCAGCAUGCCAACACUUUACAAGUUUCAGUGUGGUAUCAUUUCCUCCAACAAUUAGCAAAACAAACUCAAUCAACCUGAGAAGGGCAGCAUUUAUCAAGAAAUCCCUUUGGCAGUUCAACUAAACAAUUGAAUAUACAAUAAGCUCCUCCCUUACUGCAGAGCCCCACAAUAAUGAGACUUCCCAGCUACAGUGGAUGAAACAUAAAGUCUAUAACAGUCUAUUCUUCCUCUAUACAUGAAUCAUAAUGGCACCCUGGCUUACGAAUACUUUACUUAUCCUGGCUGCAUGCUAUUUUGGUACAGUAUAGUGCUUUUCCUUCCUAUUCUCUUUGUCUGAAUUCUAGCUAAUAAGUUAUUAUACCAUUAUUAAAUUAUUUAAAAAAACUAUUAUAACUACUUUUUCAGAUUGCAGAGGUGAAGAGGCUGUUGACCAGCAGAGUGGACAUGUUACUGCCCUUGAAGGAGGACUGGUAACACUCAGCUGUAACUACACUACCAGUAGUACAUCUCCUAAUCUCUUCUGGUACAUCCAGUUAACUAGGGACUCUCCUCAGUAUGUCCUGAGAAGAGAUCGUUAUUCAGAAGGGAGCAAUAGUGAUGAGUUCAAGAAGAGGUUUGAUUCCAGGCUGAAUUUCACAUCUAGCUCUGUCCCCUUGACGAUCCAGAGGUUGCAGCUGUCUGACUCUGCUGUGUACUACUGUGCUCUGAAGCCCACUGUGACAACAGGAUAUACAGCUCCCCUACAAAAACGAAUGUAG